CCGAUUCGUAUUUAUGACAAUUGACAGCUACGCGUCAAUAGUACAAGUCUGAAGUCUGAACAUUGAGCAUCGCUCUGUGAACAAUGUUCUGAAACGAAAAUACUGUGUUCGCUUUUUUUAUCAACUUUACUGUAGCUUAGUUAAAUUUUGAUAAGUGAAUUUUAAGAAACGUGCGGUGUCGUGUUUUCGUAGUGGGCGUUUGUGGAGCAAUGUUGUUUAAGUUAAGGUGAAAGUGAUAUCGCAGCGCAGUGAGGACGAAGGUACAAGGAUGGGCGUGGGUCUGCAGCCGCUGGAGUUCACCGAGUGCCUGCAGGACAGCCCGCACUUCCGCGAGAACCUGCAGAGGCACGAGAAGGAGCUCGAGCGCACCAGCCAGCAGAUCAAGCGACUCAUCAAGGAGGUCAAGGAUGUCGUCCAGGCGGCCAAACGUCUGGGCGCGGCACAGCUGGCGCUGGCGAGCAGCAUGGAGCAGUUCGAGUUCGCGUGCAUCGGCGCGUCCAUGACGGAGGACGAGCGCGUCAUCAGCCACUCGCUGCAGCACUUCGCGCACCUCAUCCGCACCAUCGAGGACGAGCGCGACCGGAUGCUGGGGCGAGCGAACGAGCAGAUCAUCCAGCCGCUGGAGAAGUUCCGCAAGGAGCACAUCGGCGCUGUCAAGGAGGGAAAGAAGAAGUUCGACAAGAAGACUGCCAAAUUUUGCCAGAUUCAGGAGCGUACCUUAUCGCUGUCCACCAAAAAACAGGAGAAUGUAUUUCAAGAGGCGGACGCGGCGAUGGAGAUGGCGGAGCGCGACUUCUGCCAGGCGUCGCUGGAGUACGUGUUCCAGCUGCAGGCCGUGCAGGAGCGCGAGAAGUUCGAGCUGGUGGAGACGCUGCUCGGCUUCGUGUUCGGCUGGUGGACCUUCCACCACACCGCGCACGACGUGCACCACGACGCCGAGCCGCUCGUGCGCGACCUGCAGCUGCGCAUCCAGCGCACGAGAAGUAAUUUCGAAGAAACAAGCAAACAGACUGAAUCACUAAUGAAGAAAAUGAUGGAGAUGCGGCAAGUUCACAAGGAGGAGGCCAACGAGGAGAGCGGCGGCGGCGCCUCGCGCGCUGGGUACCUGUUCCUUAUGGAGAAGAAGGCUUUCGGGACAACGUGGAGUAAACAGUAUUGCAGCUACGAGCGGAGUUCACGAUCGCUCUCCCUGCUGCCCUACAAUCAAAUUAAUCCUAAAACUGCGGGCAGCGCGGAGAGCGUGUGCGUGGCGGGCGCGCGCGCGGCGGACGCCCUCGCCGAGCGGCGCUUCUGCUGGGAGUUGGUGCCCGCCGAGCGCGAGCGGGCCCCGCUCACGCUGCAGGCGCCCAGCGAGCGGGACCGCGCCGCCUGGCUGCGCGCGCUCGACGCGGCGCCGCCCCCCGCGCCGCACCCCGCGCACCCCCACCCCGCGCACCCCGCCCUGCCGCCCGCAGAGCCCGCCUGGGGGCUGGACGACGCGGGCUUCGCCUUCGUCAAGAAUAUCAUAGCGACGCUCGAGGCGAGGGGGCUCGAGGAGCAGGGCCUGUACAGGGUGGCGGGCGUGUCGUCGAAGGUGUCCCGGCUGGUGGCGGCGGGGCGUGCGGGUUGCGCGGCGCCGCUCGCGCAGUGCGAGAGCCGCACGCUGGCCAGCGCGCUGAAGGCCUACCUGCGCGCGCUGCCCGACCCGCUGCUCACGCGCCGCCUGCACCACCAGUUCCUCGCCGCCGCCAAGCUGGAGCGGCGCGGCGAGCGGGUGCGCGCGCUGCACGCGCUCGUGCACGCGCUGCCGCCCGACAACUACGAGAUGCUGCGCAUCGUGCUCGCGCAUCUCUGCAACGUGGCGGCGAAGAGCUCGGCGAACCUGAUGAGCGCGUGCAACCUGUCCGUGUGCUUCGGGCCCACGCUGCUGCGCGCCGAGCGCGAGACCGUGGCCUCCAUCCUCGAGCUCAAGUUCUACAACGUGCUGGUGGAGGCGCUCAUCGAGCACUGCCGCGAGCUGUUCCAGCCGCACCCGCCGCCCGCCCCGCCGCCCGCCCCCGCGCUCGCCCCGCCCGCCCCCGCGCACGCCCCGCCCGCCCCCGCGCACCGCCAGCUCGCCGUGCAAACAUCCCCCUCAGCGUUACCCGUCACUGCCAGAAAUGAUAUCAGCGCGCUGGAGAGAGGCGGGCUAGUGUCGUGCGGCGCGGGCGUGGUGGCGGCCGGCCCGCCCGCCGCCUACGCGCCGCUCCACCACCAGCUGCUGCAGCACUUCGCGCCCGCCGCGCCGUGCAGCAGCAGCUCCGAGUCGGUGUCCAGCCACAGCGCGUCGCCGCCGCCGCGCGGCCCGCUGCGCGCCAACGGCGGGCCGGCGGGCCCCCCCGGCGGGCCGGCGGGCCCCCUGGGAGCGACCGCCGCGCGCGUGCGCACGCUGUACGCCUGCCUGGGCGAGAGCGAGGGCGAGCUGUCGUUCGAGCCCAACCAGAUCAUCACCAACGUGUGCCCGUCGGGCGAGCCGGGCUGGCUGCGCGGCUCGCUCAACGGCAAGAGCGGCCUCGUGCCCGAGAACUACGUGGAGCCGCUGCCGUGAGCGCCGCCCGAGCGCGCCCGCCCGCGCCCCGCGCCCUGACCGCGCCCCACCGGCGCCCCGCGC